AUGGAACGAGGGAAUUAUUCCAUGUAUGCAGACGUUGUCCUCCUGGGUUUGUUCAGCAACACUCACUUUCCCUGGCUCCUCUUCGCUCUCAUCCUCCUUGUCUUUGUGAUCUCUAUAGCCAGCAACAGCCUCAUGAUCAUUCUCAUCCAUGUGGACUCCCGCCUCCACACCCCCAUGUACUUCCUUCUCAGUCAACUCUCUCUUAUGGACAUCCUAUACAUCUCCACCAUUGUUCCCCAAAUGCUAGUCGACCCAGUGGUGGGCCAGAGGACAAUUUCCUUUGUAGGGUGUACGUCCCAACACUUCCUCUACUUAACUUUGGCAGGGGCUGAGCUUUUUCUUCUAGGACUCAUCUAUGACUGCUAUGUGGUCAUAUGCAAACCUCUGAAUUACCCUGUCCUCAUGAGCCAGAAGGUCUGCUUAUUGAUUGUGGUGGCAGCAUGGCUGGGAGGGUCCUUGGAUGGAUUCCUGCUCACCCCAGUCACAAUGCAGUUCCCCUUCUGUGCAUCUCGGGAAAUUAACCACUUCUUUUGUGAGGUGCCUGCCCUUCUGAAGCUCUCCUGUACUUACACAUCAGCUUAUGAGACAGCCAUGUAUGUCUGCUGCAUCAUGAUGCUCCUAAUCCCAUUCUCUGUCAUCUCUGCCUCUUAGUGCAGGAUCCUCAUCACUGUUUAUAGGAUGAGUGAAGCAGAGGGGAGGCAGAAGGCCAUGGCUACCUGCUCCUCACACAUGGUGGUGGUCAGCCUCUUCUAUGGAGCAGCCAUGUACACAUAUGUGUUGCCUCAUUCUUACCAUACCCCUGAGCAGGACAAGGCUGUGUCUGCUUUCUAUACCAUCCUCACUCCCAUGCUCAACCCACUUAUCUACAGCCUCAGGAACAAAGUUGUCACAGGGGCUUUACAGAAGGUCUUGGGUAGAUGUUUCUUCUCAGGAGGUGUGGUGUAG